AGACACACAUCUAGUGAAUGAGUGCCACACACACACACACUCACUCAGUCUCUCACAGGAGAGCUUCACCAGCGGACUGCGUUUGGAGUCUAACGGGACUUUCACUUCUUCAGUUUGCUGAACAGGAUCUUUAGAGGACAGGAUGGAAAACACGUGUGAGGUGUGGAAACGGUGAGGAAACACAGUGAACCGACACAGUAGAGACUGCGGCUGAUGCCCCAAAAUACACGGACCCUGGACUCUGCGAUGCCCUCCGAGCUGGUCAAAGACACCAUGACCAUCCCCGGAGCUCCCGAGCGAAUGCUGCAAGAGAAAACCAACAACAACGAGCCUCCUCAACUGCAGCUGCUGGCCGUCACCAUUCCCCUGGUCAACGAGGGGCAGCUGACGGCGGCCACCGGCGGAGCAGAGCUGUCCUGCUACCGCUGCACCGUGCCCUUCGGAGUGGUGGUCCUGAUCGCGGGGAUCGUGGUGACGGCUGUCGCGUACAGCUUCAACUCGCACGGCUCCACCAUAUCAUACUUCGGACUGGUGCUGCUCUCGGCCGGGCUGGUGCUGCUUGUGCUGAGCGGGGUUUGCUGGAAGCUGCAGAUGGAGAGAAAGAAAGAGAGGAGACGAGAGAGUCAGACAGCACUGAUGGCCCAUCAGAGGAGCAUCUUCGCCUGAUUCGACACGAGCACAAACUCAGUAACCUUCAUGGUGAACAAGUCAAUGCAUCACAUUUGAGAUGACGUCCAGAUGUUUUGCUACAGAUUGUAAAAAAAAAAAAGAUGGACGACUCAUCUCUGCUUCCUUUCACUGUAGAAAAGUGAAGCCAGGAUGUCCCGCUGUCAUCGUGCGCCGCUGACGUCAUUUGGAGCCCAAGUCUUGCACGAACGGCUCUGGGAAUGAGCGCUCGGGACAGUUAACCGAGACAGACUCGCAGCUGCCUGCGUCCAGAUGUUCAGACACAGCUGCACCGCAACAAAACGAUCUGCUUGAAACAGCUCUCAUGUCCUAGUGUGUACUCGCUCAUGCAGCACUGUAGCUACUUCUCAAACACCGGGUUAGAGGUUUAUGUCGAUCGCUGACACUACAGUGUGAAACGCAACACAGAAAAACACUCAAAACACAACAAAGCAGUGUCAUGGCAAUCACCCAGAAUGCACUUAGAACCACUUACAACAACAACACCCUAACAAUUACUCAGAACGCCCUAGCAACAGCACAGCAAUUCCCUAGCAACUGGAAUGCAGCUCUUAAUUAGUAUUUUUUUGUCUUGUAUUCCAUUACCAUUUAUGCUUAAAACAAGGAAAUGAUCUGUCAAUCAGCUAAAAUAAUUUUAUUUUUCUAAACCAGACAACUGACAGAUUUUAGUUUUUCCUUUAUUUUAAUUUUUUCGGUUUUAAGCAGAAACUCACUUAAACACUCUGGAAUCUACCUGUAACACUCUAGCAACCACAUAGCAACACCCUAACAACAACUUAGAACACUGUAGACACAUCAAAGCAACACCCUGGCAACUAACCCUAGCAACCACAUAGCAUACGUUUUGGCUUCUAAAAAAAAAAUAAAAAAUUCUCUAUAUUCUUAUUUUCCCUUUGAAUUCAU